CAAUGUCCGGAGCCCUUGAUGUCCUGCAAAUGAAGGAGGAGGAUGUCCUCAAAUUUCUUGCCGCAGGAACCCACUUAGGUGGCACCAACCUUGACUUCCAGAUGGAACAGUACAUCUACAAAAGGAAAAGUGAUGGUAUCUACAUCAUCAAUCUGAAGAGAACCUGGGAGAAGCUUCUGCUGGCAGCUCGGGCCAUUGUUGCCAUUGAAAACCCAGCUGAUGUCAGUGUCAUAUCAUCCCGGAAUACUGGCCAGCGAGCUGUGCUGAAGUUUGCUGCUGCGACCGGAGCCACUCCUAUUGCUGGCCGCUUUACUCCCGGAACCUUCACUAACCAGAUCCAGGCAGCCUUCCGGGAGCCCAGACUUCUGGUGGUCACCGAUCCCAGGGCUGACCACCAGCCUCUCACCGAGGCGUCUUACGUUAACCUGCCUACCAUCGCUCUGUGUAACACAGACUCUCCUCUGCGCUAUGUGGACAUCGCCAUCCCUUGCAACAACAAGGGAGCUCACUCGGUGGGUCUGAUGUGGUGGAUGCUGGCCCGGGAAGUUCUGCGCAUGCGUGGCACCAUCUCCCGUGAACACCCCUGGGAGGUCAUGCCUGACCUCUACUUCUAUAGGGAUCCUGAAGAGAUUGAAAAGGAAGAGCAGGCUGCUGCCGAAAAGGCUGUGACCAAGGAGGAGUUUCAGGGUGAAUGGACUGCUCCAGCUCCUGAGUUCACUGCUACUCAGCCUGAGGUCGCAGACUGGUCCGAAGGCGUGCAGGUGCCCUCCGUGCCUAUCCAGCAGUUCCCCACUGAGGACUGGAGCGCUCAGCCCGCCACGGAAGACUGGUCUGCAGCCCCCACUGCUCAGGCCACCGAAUGGGUGGGAACAACCACCGAGUGGUCUUGAGCUGCUCUUCUGCGGAGAAGCAAAAUGGAAAUAAGGUUGACGGAAAAUAAACCGUUUCUAUAAGUUGG